GCCGGAGAUGAACCCAGCCAAAAACCCACGCCCCCACUCGAGAAAUUGGUAAGAGAACUUGAUGAUUUUGUUCUCUUCUUGUUCAAGAACAAGUUUAGGACUUAGAAAUCUUCUCCCUUGUAGAAAAUUUUCCAAAUCUACUGUCUUAUUCCUUCUCUGCCGCCGGCUGCUCCUGCUUUGUGGGGGCGAAUUGCUCUGAUUUUUCGGUUCUCCAAUUUUGGGAAUAGAUCCCGAAUUUCUCCUUGAAUUACCGUCAGCCUUCCCACCGCCAGCCCCAAUUUCUUUGCUUGCUAAAUUUUCUGGUAUGUGGCCACUCCUUUAUGUCCAAAUUUCAUCUAAUUAGUGGUUGCCUUGCUGAAUUUGGUCCUUGUGUGGCUACCCUGUAUUGCCCGAAUGCUGCCAAGAAAAAAAAAUGGAAAAUUUCGGCAGCUUUAAGUUGUGUUUUUGGUUAAUUCAUGUGGAAUUUGCUUGUUUGGUUGCUGUGGUGUUAAUUGUGGGAAAAUCCUAUGAAAUUCCCGUGAAUUAGCUAUUUUUGGUCUAAGCCGGUUCCUCCAUUUUGUCUAUGGGAUUUGGAAAGUAAAUAUAAAUGCACCACAUGAUUUUUAGAGCUCAAAUUUCGGAUAGGAAGUAAAAAUAAAAUAAAGUACAUAAAUAAAUAAAAUAAAUAUUGCAUUAUGGGGGUUCCUGAUUAUUCUAUCACCCUAGCUCCUGGAGUGAGUUUUCUGCUUAUUGCGACUGAGGUAGUGAGACCUGACGCAUGGGGAGCCCGGGGGAGUGACUAGCUAGACGGCUAGGCAUCAUUUUGGACUUAGGUUUUUGUAGUUAGGCCGUUAGUCACCCAUGCUUGACAUAGAAAUUUUUGUGUACAGAACUUAGUUUUAGUCAUGAUUGUAUAUAUGAAGUUAAUAAUUUUGUACAUCUGACUAGUAAAUAUUUGGUAAAUAAAAAGGUUUAGAUCUG